AUGAAUGACACCAAGAACCGACAGUAUGCGCAUCUAGCCCAACAAUUGCGAGUUCUACAGGCCAACUUAUCGAAAACCAGCAAACACAUGGAAACCAUGUCAAAUCAAUGCAAUGAACAUUUGGUGGGUCAACUCGGGAAGGUUCAUGCGUCCUGGUUCAUGGGCGGAAACCGCUGCUUUGAGGAAGAAAUGCUUGGAAAUGGAAGAAAACGGUAG